AUGGGCAGCGAACCAACUGAACGAGAGAGACGGCAACAAUCAAAAAAACUUGCGACGAUGCUGUGCAGACGUGAAAUUUAUUUUCCAACGAUGGUUAUAAUUUUUCAACGUAAAAAUUUAAAUGAUGCUCUUUUAAGGAGGCAUAAAUUAUUAACCAGAAAACAUACACGAAAAUCUAACGUACAAACAAUCAUCUCCAUGAAAGUAAAAGAAGAAAUUCUUUACGAGACUUUACAUGAAACGAGAUUUCAAGACAUUGAUAUUGGUCCAAAGACUGAGAAUACUUUGUAG